ACGUCAUAGACGGCCGUGCUAUUUUGGCUAAGUGGCCUGUAUUGAAGUUUGACAGAAAUAACACACACAGUUUCUAUUGGACUUCUCGAACUUCCUGGAACUAAUGGCUAAAUAGCGUUUGUGUACAUGUACGUGUGUGUGAAUGGACUGUCAGGGACUUCUGCGAGUCAAGAUUUUCAUCGUCGGUUUUUCAUCACGAUUUCGGCAUCGAUGAAGACUCUUCUCGAAUUUGACAGGAAGGGGUUUUAUUGAUCAACGGGAUAAUUUGAUUCUUUGGAGGUGUAUUUUGGUCGAACUUUUCAGGAAACCAUCUCAAUCGGACGAUAAGUGAAGAGGGUUCGUCAAUUAUGGCGUCCCAAGACGAUCUCAAAACCCCGUAUGAUGAUAACAAUAAACAUUUAUGGCAUUUUGGCGGUAUCACGCGAGGGGAGACAGACAACCUCCUAAUCCAAAAGCGACCCGGGACGUUCCUCGUACGAGAUAGCCGGACGUGUCCAGGAGACUCGGUUCUCUGUGUUAGUGAAAAUAGUAAAGUAUCUCAUUAUAUCAUCACGAGAAAAGGGGAUCAGUUUGUGAUCGGUGACCAGAUUUUCUCAACGCUACCUGACAUUCUGAACUUUUACCGGGGUCAUUAUCUAGAUACAACCGUCCUAGUUGAACCGUGUCCUAAGAGACAGAUGGUGGCUCAGCCCCCACCACAGUCCCCAGCACCGACAUCACAAGAGAAGUUAAACGACAGAGCACCGCCGACGCCGAAGCCCGAAGUUCCUCCCGUAAAUCCUACACCUCCUCCUAGCAUACCACCAAGCAACGCCGAACGAUUUAGAGUUAAAUACACCUUCACCAGUGAUGAUUCUGACGAUUUACCCGCUCAGAAAAACGAGAUUCUGACGUUAGUGAACCGAGACGAAGCGGAUUGGUGGACGAUGCGCAAUGGAAGGGGGCAAGAAGGGCAGUUCCCUGUUCCUUGGAUGGAGGCGUUGCCUGUUGAACCACCCCCUGAGGUUUACCGUUCAGUCACAUCAUAUGGUAAAGCAAUACAGAGAAGAAUUCCCAACGCAUACGACACGACGCAACUAAAAUUUGAGAAAGGAGACAUUGUCAAAGUGGUGAAACAGCACAUGAGCGGAUACUGGGAGGGCGAGUUACUCAAGGAUGGCGCCCAAGGAUUUUUCCCUUUCACAUUUGUAGAAAUCCUUCCGCCCGAGGAAGCGGACAAAAUAUUACAAGGACAUAACGCCAGUCAAAACGGAAUGGAGGGUAAUAAUUCUCUCCUAAAUUGAGCGCAGACUCUGGACUCUUUCAUACAUUAUUUUUGUUGGAAUGACUUGAAAAUUGAAGGAAGAGAUACGUAUGAACAUCAUGCUUCUAUAUUAUGUGUAUAGUAACCAUAUAUCAUGACUGACUGAAUUUUAUUUGUAAUCGUGCUGAGGGGUGGCGGUGAUCGAUAGCCGAUGCAGUCGUUGAUCGUGAUUAUCAUGCAUUAUCGUGAUUGGGACGGAUUGGCGGAUGUUGACUGGGUUAUGCCACAGAGUUCUUGCAUGGAUCGUGUCGUGUUAACUUCCACGUCAACGCCCAUGGUGUACAAAUGCGCGACUCAAGCACAGAGCGAGACUUCUGAUCAAACAGAACAUUUAAGGGUUAAGUUUCGCUCAUUUUUUUUGCCGGUCUUUAGUUCGCAGUUGGUCGUUGUUAACCGAUUCCUUCGCAAGGGCCGACUUAGCCUGUGUCAAUGAGAGAUGUACAUGUGAAUUGGCUGAGAUGUGGAUAAUCUGAUUCUGCAGUAUCUUAAAGCAGGAAAGGAAACCUGAACUUACCAUCGAAUCCCUCAACUUGACACUGGCAGCAUCCUUCCGCAGAUGGACACAUCAACCGAUGCUGAUACGCUGCUCGGUAACAAGCUAAAAUUGCUGUACAUGCCAUAUAUUUGCGUGUACAUCAAAUAUAUCACCAUUUUAUUCAAGAUAAGAUGUUGAUGAUAUCUUGGGGAUUAUCUCAGUUUUAUUGACUUUGUGUAAGUGUAGCAGAAAGCGAGAAAUGUUUGUGGUUGUUCAGUGGCGUAAUUCACGAAGGUAGCACUACUGCAAAUUAUGCACUAUUGGUGUCAGGAGUGGGAUGAAGCAUAUAGAAAUUCAAGAGUAGGAUAAUGGAGUGCAAGAUCUCUGCUAGUACCGCUUCACAGCCGAUGCUAGAGCUAGUAUCCCAAGGAAGAGAAGGAAUGCUAUCAUUGUUGGAUGUCUUUGCUUGGAAAAUGCCAAGGACAGAUCGAGCAGUAUGCAAAUAUUCAGUGGAGGAUCCGUUGAGAAGCAAUCCCUUGUGCAGUUCGCCUACAGCAUCCGCUUGUUUACGGUAGCAAGGCCACUAUCGACCAACAUCCUGCCUCCAAAGAACAUGAAAUAAAUCCAUUGCCAAUUCUUGAAAUCCGUUGUGUAUAAACACCGCUAGGUGACUUGUAAAUCUAGCGCCCUCUGGUGUUCACUUUUGUAUCCUGUCGAGCUUGUCCCGACAAAUAUCCUUCUCUUGGUGAUGAUUUAUUUUACUUCGCCAGAGGAAAAGUGGAACUGUCAAAUGAUUUGUUUGCCAUUUUAAUGUCUGUUACAUGCUGAAUACUAAAAUUACUAUUGUGAUAUGUGUUACUCAUAUUUUGUCAGUGCUUGUUUUUUUUUUCUCAGUAGUAUGAGGAACUUUUUUAACUCCUCAUUUCCUAUAUAAGAUAUGGAAGAAUAUUAUGUCAUCUUUUAGAAAUUUCAUCUGAAUGGUUUUGGAAGCGUUGUUAAAUCAUGUCUUCAAUCAAAAGACAGUUAUGAGCGAAUCUUAAUGUUCGGCAGGCACAAGAUUGGUGAUGGUUAUAUUCUUGUGAGAAUGGACACUUUGACACCAUUCUCAUAAUAUACUUUCUAAAACUGGGCCCUUUCUUACAAACUAGUUUCCAGUAAGCUAGUUUUAGGAAGGUAGUGAGAACGGUGUCUUUGACUGGUUCCAUGAUGUUUCCUCUGGCGACAAUUUUGCUCUGCUCUAAAUUCCACACACUAAAUCAAAAGACCAACUUCAACCUUCCCUAAACCUAACACUAAACCCUAUUGCAACCCUAACCCUACAUCGUAGACAAAAUUAAGCCCGGAGCAAUUGUCGCAGGAGCAAAUAUCGUGUCACCCUUUGGAUAAAACUAGUUAUGCCUAAAGCAUACAUAUAUAUGUACAAACUCAAGCAUAGCCACAGCCUUAUACAAUAUACAUGUAGAUAGGAUGCAAGUUCCAAAGUCAAAAUAUAUUAACCAUUUAGGGCAAAAAACAACAAUCCCUUGUACACUAUACCAUUUUUGGAAGUUCAAUAAUGAAGCACUACAAUGUAUGAAACUUGUUAUAAAUUAUCUUGGAUCUUGACACGCACACACACA